CAAACAUGCGCAGACUGCUAUUCUAUGGACUUAGCCGUUUCAGCACAAAUUGCUUCGCCAUAAAACGUGGACCCUGAUAGAAAAAAACUAUCUGUGUAAUGGAAUCUCCGAUGGAGACUGAACAACCUGGAAUGCUUGAGGGUGCUGGUGAUUUCGUUGAGAGCCAACAAAGCGUUGCUGAAAUGAAAGCUAAAUUAAUUGAAGAGACCAGCAGUGCGAACCAUAUUGAUGAGUCAAAACAGAAUGGACAUUUGAGCAACCAUAGCUCUUCUAGAAAAAGUGAAGGACACCACAGUUCCUCAGGUUCAAAGCAUUCCUCAUCCCACAGUUCGUCAAAACAUAAAGAUGGUUCAAGCUCCAGUAAACACAGCAGCAGCAGCAAACACAAGGAUGGGAGUUCAUCUAGUAGCAAGCAUCGUGAUGGACAUAGCUCAAGUAGUAGCAAAAGCAAGGAAGGGAGCUCAUCAAGCUCUUCCCAUAAACAUAGUAGCAGCAGCUCUAGUAGUAAACAUAAGGAAGGAGGCAGUAGCUCAAGUAGUAAGCAUAGGGAAGGACACAGUUCAAGCUCCAGUCAUUCCAAAGACAAGCCUCAGAGCUCAUCAUCAAAAGAGGGAGGUUCAAGCUCUAGUUCUAGCAAAGAUAAAGAUAGACACAAAGAAAGUUCUAGUAAAGAUGCAGAAAAACACAAGUCAAGCAGUAGUUCAAGUGACAAACACAAAUCAGGUAGUAGUUCUGGUGAUAAGCAUAAGUCAAGUAGCAGUUCAAGUGACAAGCACAAGUCAGGCAGCAGCUCAAGUGAUAGACAUAAGUCAAGUAGUAGCUCUGCUGACAAGCACAAGUCAAGCAGUAGCUCAGUUGAAAAGCAUAGGGAUGGUUCCCCUAGCAAACACAAGGAGUCAUCAUCCAAAUCAGAGCAUAGAGAGAAAGAAAGACAAAAAGAAGAUAAGGAGAACAGAGCAGAGAGGCAAAAAGAAUAUGAAAAUAUCAGAGAAGAACCCAAUGAGGAGCUCCAGAAAGAGACUAUGGAAGUCGAUAUCAAAACUGAACCAGGAUCUCCUAUAAAGAUGUCUCCAAAUAAAGCUCCUAAAGAAGAAACGUUGAGUGAUGAUGAUGUACCUUUGUCUAAAAGAAUUAAACAAGAGAAACCAGUAAAGAGAGAACAACCUGAAUCUGAUGAUGAAGAUGACCAGCCACUUUCAGCCAGAAUGGAAAGUGCAAAGAAAGUAAAGAAAGAAAAAGAUUCCAAAAAACCAAAGAAAAGGAAAUCUUCUAAUUAUGAUGAUGAUUCUGAGGAGGAGAAACCAUUAAAAAAGAAAAAGAAAGUAAAAAAUGAGGUUAAACAAGGAACUGCAUCUCCAAAAAAGAAAAAGAAGAAGGGGGAAGAGGAAAAGCAGGAGGUUUGGAAAUGGUGGGAGGAGGAAAGACGUGCAGAUGGUGUCAAAUGGAAUUUUUUAGAACAUAAAGGAGUUGUAUUUGCACCUGAAUAUGAACCCCUUCCUGAUGAUGUUCAAUUUUAUUAUGAUGGAAAGCCAAUGAAGCUAAGUGAAGAAGCAGAAGAAGUAGCUACAUUUUAUGGAAGGAUGUUGGAUCAUGACUACACAACAAGAGACGUCUUCAAUAAAAACUUCAUGAAGGAUUGGACAAAGGUUAUGACAUCAAAAGAAAGAGAAAAAAUCAGAGACUUGAAAAAGUGUGACUUCAAGGAGAUUGAUGCUUACUUUAAAAGGAAAACUGAGGAGAGAAAAGCUAUGACUAAGGAAGAAAAACUGGUGAUAAAAAAGAAAAAUGAAGAAAUUCUAGCAGAAUAUGGUACUUGUACUAUGGAUGGACACAAGGAAAAGAUAGGUAACUUCAGAAUAGAACCUCCAAGUCUAUUCAGAGGUCGUGGUGACCAUCCCAAACAGGGCAUGUUAAAGAAAAGAGUUUUGCCACGAGAUGUCAUCAUUAACUGCAGCAAAAACUCCGAAAUACCAAAACCACCUCCUGGACAUAAGUGGAAAGAAGUUAGACAUGACAAUACUGUGUCAUGGUUGGCUAGCUGGACUGAAAGUAUUCAAGGGCAAACAAAAUAUGUCAUGUUAAAUGCAGCUUCUAGACUCAAGGGAGAAAAAGAUUGGCAGAAAUAUGAGACCGCCAGAAAUUUAUACAAAUGUGUUGACAGUAUAAGGGAAGGAUAUAGAAACGACUGGAAAUCUAAAGAGAUGAGAAUAAGGCAGAGAUCUGUAGCAAUGUAUUUUAUUGAUAAGCUUGCCUUGAGAGCUGGUAAUGAAAAGGAAGAAGGAGAAACAGCAGACACUGUAGGUUGUUGUUCACUACGUGUAGAACAUCUCAAACUCCAUGAGAAAUAUGAUGAUCAAGAAUUUGUGGUGGAGUUUGACUUCCUUGGUAAAGAUUCUAUCAGAUACUAUAACAGAUUAGCAAUAGAGAAAAGGGUGUUUAAGAACUUAUCACUAUUUAUGGAGAACAAACAGCCUGGAGAUGACAUAUUUGACAGAUUGAAUACUGGAAUUUUGAAUAAACAUUUACAUGACUUGAUGGACGGUUUGACAGCCAAAGUCUUCCGUACAUUCAAUGCUUCAAAAACAUUACAAGAACAACUUAAAUUGUUGACAGAUCCUGAUGAUCCCAUUCCUGCUAAAUUACUGUCAUACAACCGAGCCAAUAGAGCUGUUGCUGUAUUGUGUAACCAUCAACGUGCAGCACCCAAAAACUUUGACAAACAAAUGGAAAACAUGCAGAAUAAGAUUGCUGCCAAGAAAGAUGCAAUCAAAGAAGCUAAGAAAGGAGUGAAAGAUGCUAAGGCUGAUUAUAAAGCCAUGAAAUCAGAAAAGGCUAAACAAAAUGUAGAGAAAAAGAAAAAGAUGGUUGAUAGAUUGGAAGAACAACUGACUAAACUGGAAGUGCAGGCUACAGAUAAGGAUGAGAACAAAGAAAUAGCCUUAGGCACUUCCAAACUGAAUUAUUUGGACCCCAGAAUCUCAGUGGCUUGGUGCAAAAAGUGGGAAGUUCCAAUAGAGAAAGUUUACAAUAAGACACAGAGAGAUAAGUUCCGAUGGGCAAUAGACAUGGCAGAUGAAACAUUUGAAUUUUGAUGCUAGUCCACAUUAGAAUGCAAUGUCUACAUAAUCUUUCAAAAGUUGAACAGGUAUCCAGUGACUUGUUUUCUUCACUUAACCAACCAAAUGCUUGUGUUCUUACUGGUCUCCCCCAACUAACAGAUACUUUGAUACUACACUCUACAUUUAAAUAUGUCAGUAAUGUAUGUAAUACCAUAUGUAAUGUGUAGCAGGUAGAUUUAACAAUUAUUACAGGCCCUCAUAGCAAAGUUUUAUACUUGUGUCCGCAAAACCUGUACUCUAUUUAAGUUAUUUUAUAUUUAUUUUAAUUUAAGAGAAAAAAGAAGUUUGAGGUAAAAGUGGCUAAUGUCGGAGAGCUGAACUGUUUAUGAAAUUGUAUUAAAAACUUAUUGUAGAUAUAGAGUGUAUGUGUGUAAAUGGAAUUGCAGUUGUGUAAUAUGAUUGUGAGAUGUCUUUUUCUGAUAUUAACCAAAAUGAUAAAACAUAAAUAAAUACUUUUGAUGCAUGAGAAAGUGUAUGUGUGGAAAUGUAGUCCUUUAGAAUUUUAGCAAACUUUUACAUGUAUGAAGUUGGUGAGAUAAAAGUAGAUGUAAAGAGGAUCAAUUAAAUAAUUAGAUGUAGUUUGUGUUGACACUUUCUCCUAUCAUUUAUCCAUAAGGCUAAAAGUUAAAGCUCAGAUGCAAAUGAAUAGUAAAUAGGGAUUGAAACCAGUUCUUUAUUAAUUACAUUAAUAAGGUUUACUUUAUUGAUAACAGUAAUGAGGGUUACAGUUGUAUUAUAUCUUGACACAGUUGUAUAUUAUGGAAAAUAUAAAUUAAAGACGUCAAUUCCUACUGAAGAUCUAGGUGGUAUAAAUAUUAAAAAGUAUAAAACAGUAUGCAAGUAUUUCAAGAUUAUGAAAUAAAAGAUCCUGAAAGUGAAAAAAGAUUUUCUAUAAAAAUAAAUGAAUUAUAACCCCUUUUUUUCCACAAAAGAGUUGAAAGUGGAGGGUUAAUUGGAGUGGAGUCUUAACUUUGAAAGUUAUUUCUGAUUUUGAACUUUUGUAUAACAUGAAAUAUGUACAUGAUAAAUGGUAAGAUUUUUGCCUAAAGUGUGUGUUAUGAAUAAGGUUUGAAUAUUUUUUUCCAUGUUCAAGGUCACAAACUUAAUUCAUCUUGUUCUUAUCCCAUGUCCAAAUUCACAAAUCCAGCUUAAAACUUUUGGUUGCCUUAACUGUAUGUUAGAUGAAUGUGGGUUUAUUUUUGAUUUUGUUUGCAUUAUCCCUAGUUAUAUAUAUUGUUUAAAACAUCUUGUUGAUUAUAAGGUGAAAAUAUUUGAAUGGUUUGCAUCUAUAACAUGCUGAUAAUGGUUUCAGUUGUAUUGUGGUGGCUAUUUCUGGAAAAUUAUGUAAAAAGGAAGGAAAGAUAGGUUGCUUGGUGGCUUUUUCUCGUCCUUCACAUAUUACUAAAUUUCAUCAAAUGCCACUUUUUCUGGAAUAGCACUCAACAAUUAGGUUUUAUAUAAAAUAAAUUUUACAAAUGAAAUAAGCUCAGAUAACAAUAACGUUCCUUAAAAAGAUUUUGACAGUUAAUAGUUAAAGGAAGUCUCAUAAGCUGAUAAAUAUUGUAAAUAUUAUAUUUGUAUGUUACAUUUUCCAAAUCAUGGGACCAAUUGUAGAAAUAAGCCUGUGUAAUUUUAUGAAUUUUUAAGUCAAAGUUUGUAUAUCUAUUAUGAGAUUGAUUAAAACCUCUUGUGUUUGAAAAUGUAAUAUUCUUUAUAAUUUGUUGUUGACAUCUAGAGGUUACCUUUAUAUAUAAGAUCAUUUAUACAUCAGGAUUUAUCUCAACUGCUUAUUUCCACUGUCUUUCUCUAUUAAAUUGUAAAAGUCAAAUCACAAAUUGACUUACUGAUUCAGAUCAACGUAAGGAAAUCCCUUAUUGCAUGGACAAAAACAAACUGUGAUCUAAUGUUUGCAAUAUUCUAUUUCAUAAGUUAUAUAUAUUUGUAAAAUAUAUUUUGAUCUAUUUGAUAUUUGUUUCACCAAACUAGUACAUGUAUUUCAUGAAGAUUCUUUGUAUUCUGACAAAUUGAUACUUUUUUAAAAUUUUAAAAUGUUAGUAUCUUUUUGGGAAAAACAGUUUUUUGAAACAAAAUAAAUUUUUCCUGAAUAGAUUUUACUUCAUUUGAAUAGAAAUAUUUUAUGACAACUUUAAAAGUAUUUUUUAAUUGUACAAUUUUAUGUGAAUUUUAACAGACAGCUCUUGUUUUAUGGUAAAUUGUUGAUUAUUUGUCUUUGUUCAGAUUAUCAUUUUGAUUUGUGUUGGAACAUUUUAUCUGUACUUGUGUUUAAUGUAUUUUUAAAAUGCUGAAUGUUAAGGUCACUAUUUUGUGUUUCUCAAAGAUCAGGUGUCUCUAAAUCUGAGGGGGAUGACACGCUAUUGGGAUGUUAGGAAAUGAGCACCCAUGUGUCACCCCCUCAAAUCUGUUAUUGUGGAAGAUUAUGUUUAUAAUCAUUAUAUAAGCUAAGCUAAAUCACAUGCCAAAAGAGCAUUACUUUCAGUCUUGGAUGAAUCUAACAAAACAGUAUUACAGAAUAAAUCAGAUUGUGUGUUAACAUCCAAAAUAUUUAUUAUAUUGUAUAUUCCAUCUUGUGAUAAGAAGACACAUAUGAAUGACAUUUUCCGUCCAGAUCUUAAAUUUAGUUGAAUUGAUAUUUGCUGUAACUAAAGGCUGAAACAUCAUAUCUAAGAGCCGGGAUUAGUACUUUUAAAGAUAAUUAGUUACUUGCCUACAAAAAAAUACUGUCUGACAAAUUGCUGAUUGAGAAGAGCGCCAAUCUGGUUGUCAUGAAUGAAUUCUUCAUUUGGAAAGUUGAUCUCAAAAUCUACUUUAUAAAAAAAUUUCGAACUAAAUAUUUAUUCCAAAGAGUAUUUUUUUGUGUUCUGUGUUAGCUAGUCUUUCAGCAAAACUGUUUGACAUAGAAAUUUCUUCUAUUUGAAUGUAAUUUUUGUGUGUGGGAAAUUAUAAAACAUGUAUGCAUGAAAUGAAUAUAACUACUUGUACUCAUAAAAAAGUUGUAAAAGAUGAAUUGAUGUCUUGAAUGUCUGUCUCAUAUGAUGUACUAGAUUAUUUUGAACUUUUCUCAAUAUCAUUAUAAAAUAGUUGUAAAAGAUACAGCAAAGCAUUCAUAUAUGCAAUGAUACCUUGAUGUAAAAAUGCUUUGUUAUGGUACUCUUAACAUGGGAAUUUUAAUCGAUUGGUAUAUAAAUGUGCAGAUGCAGUUUUCAUUUUAACAAAAUGGGGUAUUUCAAUUUGUUACAGUUAAUUGAUUCAAAUGCAUUUUACAAUAUUAGAAUUUGGUUUUAAAAUUAUAUGACUAUGAUAAAGUGCCAUUGUUGUUACUCCACAGAAUGUUAUUGGAUCAUUGUUUCUUGUUUGUAUCCCACACAUUGUCUGUACCGUCUGAUAUUAAAAAUGAUGAUAAAAA